CUCUGCCCACUUUGAGCUUCAAAAACGCUCAUCAGGAGUCUACAGGUGACGUCACAGACAUGUCCAUGUUCUUAUACAGUCUAUGGUCUUACCAAUAAACAUUGAGAAGUCUAAAAUCAAGAUAUUUCAGAAAAAGCCUCACCUUGCUGACAGAAAAUAUAAUUUUACAAUUGGGGGAUUUUUUUUUUUAAUCGUGUUACCUGUAGGUUUUUCCAUAGCGUAAGAAAACCAUUCUUCAUAUUCAACCCAUCCGUGGGUUGAUAAUUUCGGUCAUGUUCCUGAGAAUAAGGCACAUUCACAUACCACAGAUGCAGGUCUGUUUCAUAAAUGGCUUCUUUAUUUGUGCUGCAUUACUGUUCCUUUCUGAUGUUUUUCAUAUUUUCUGUCUGUCCUCCUGCAGGUUCGAGCUUAUCGUCUUUGCUAGUAUGUAACUGUAUUAUAGUGUUUUUCUCAGUUCCACCUUUAUUCUCCACCUACUUUUAAACACCAUCCAUUUGCUCGACAUGAGAACAGUGUAAAGUAUUCCAAGGCCAAGCUUGGCCAGUGUAGAUAAAUCCCUGCUUUCCCAAGCCGCUACAAAUAACAUUCAGCCAUUCCUCUGCAGUGAGAGCGAGAGUCCAGCGCUAACCUGUAGUCUGCAGUCAUGCCUCUGGUGUUGUGUGUCGUAGUCGUGCUGUUCGGGUGUCCUCUUGGGAAGAUGUUUGUUCUCCAUCCUACACCUGAGGCAUCUGCUGUGAAAGCCAACAGAUGCAGAGAACUGGAAAUCAGGAAAAUCCUUCUGGAAUCUUUAAAACUCCAGCAGGAACCUCGUGUGUCCAUGUCGAAGAUGAAUCGUCUGCGUGAGCAGUGGAAAGCCACUUACAAAAGCACCACGCCAUCCUCACCAGGAGGUAACUCAACGUUCACUGAGGACUCCAGAAUCUCAACGUGCUCCAAACAUUCCUCACAGGUUUUCAUUAAAGAUCUGGGCUGGGAGCGCUGGGUGGUUUAUCCAGAGAGCAUCACUUUCGUCCAGUGCCAAUCCUGCUCUGAGAGUCCAGCCGCGUCGGCGCAGUGCUGUAAGCCGACCGCUCACGACAUCGUCCUGUUUCUCUACAUGGAUGAAUGGAGCAGUUUGGUUCUGUCCUCAGUGAGUCUGACCCGUGAGUGCGGCUGUGACCCUGGAGAGGAAACACAGGAUCCUGAGGUCAUGGCCCUGUCUUAGAAAGCCUUCCUGACCCACUGGUCACGCUGAUCUGUGUGAUUAUUGGCACAGAGCAACAGAAAUGAAGUAGAGAAGCACAGCUCUUGGGAUUUGUAGGUUUAUGGCUUAGCAAACAUAUUUAGCAUCUUUUGACUUUUGCUGCUGUUGAGAGGUCAGAGUCUAAGACUCUUGUGGCCUUUAAGAGUGUUUUUGAAAAUAAUGUAGAAACAUAUAAAGUUCUCAGAAGACAUUAAGUUCUCAAUCUAAGCCUGUUAUUUAACAUUCAUAGAAAUGCACAAAGGACCUUCUGUUACAAAUAAAUGCAAGGUCAAAUCUGUUUUUAACUUCAGGCUUUAAUGUAGUCUGGCUUGAUUUCAGCGGCCAGCGAAUGUUCCCUAAAAAAAUGUUGUCAAGCAGCUCUGCCAGAACUUUUGCCCGUGUGAAUCUGAGGACUAAUAAAAGGUUACAUUCAAAAUGUCCUUCCCUUAAAUCAUGUUUCGUAACAUGAUUUCCAUUGUUUGAGAAAAUACCAAAACCAUUUCAUGCAAACCAGGAACGGCAAACUAACACUUUCAACUUGUAUUUAACAAGAUUUACACUUUAUAUCAAAUGUAUCAGCAGAAUGUUUUAUUAUAGAAAGCUUUCAAGAAUAAAGAUGUGCCUCACUUUAUAAAA